AUGACUCUCUCACAUGAUCUUGUUGCUUGCAUCGGCGAAUUUGUCGGCACCUUCCUCUUCCUCUUCUUGGCUGAGGGCGGAGCCAAGACGGCAUCGAUGACUGCCAAUGCAGUCUCGGCAGCGUCGAGCAGCCCCAUCGCAUUGGUGGAUUCCCAGACGUUGGUAUACGUCAGUCUGAGCUUUGGCCUCAGCUUGACUGUCGUCGCAUGGAUGUUCUUCCGUGUCUCCGGCUCGCUUUUCAACCCUGCUAUCUCCCUGGCUCUUCUCUUGGCCGGUGCUUUGCCUUGGAGGCGCUGCAUUUUACUCGUCAUCGCACAAUUCGCAGGCGGCAUUGCGGCCAACGGUAUGGUUGAGGCACUCACACCCACCUUCGGCCACAGUAAUAUCACAACGCUUGCACCGGGCGUAUCUGUUACGCAGGGCAUCUUCUUGGAGGCCAUCCUCACUGCCGCUCUAGUGUUCAGCGUACUGAUGCUUGCUGCGGAGAAACACCGCGCCACGUACCUCGCUCCAGUCGGCAUCGGACUAACGCUUUUCGUGUGUCAUCUGUUCGGCGCGCUGUGGACAGGCGCAGCGAUGAAUCCGGCACGCGCACUGGGCCCCUCGGUGAUUCAGCGCUCGUUUCCGAAUUAUCACUACGUAUACUACGUCGGCCCUUUUCUAGGCUCUCUCUUUGCUCUCGCAUUCUAUAUCAUCCUUAAGGUAAGCAACAGUUCCUUCAGAAGGAAAGCUUCUUGCGCUAAUGCUUUAUUUUCUACGCGCCUGACAGGCUUGCGAUUAUUCCAAGGCGGUGAUGGGACAAGAUGCGGAUUCUCAAGACGGACCUGGCGCAGUUUCCAUCCCGGCCGCCAUGUACGGCCGCGCGCGCUCGGUCUCUACUGCAAGGCGUACACGCAAAGCUGGCGGAAAGCCAACGGUGAUCCAGCUAGGGUCUGGCGAGACAGCUGUGCAGAUUCCUGCGUCGGCAUUGGAGCAAGCUCUCGCAGCGGCGGGGGGAGACGCAGGAGCGAAAGAGGUUGA